AUGCUGCUACUCCUGCUUGUGCUGCCACACGGCGGGUUUGCGCUUGCCACCACCGGCUCAGAAUCCGAAUUCACAACCGAUUCAGCUGAUGCGCUGGUCGAGCUGACGCAGGCCAACUUCAACGACUACCUCCGGAACAACGGCUGUGCUGACUGGCACGGGGUGUGCCAGCAGUUCGAGCCCACUUGGCGCGCACUCGCAGAGGAGCUGGCCGGCAAACUGACGGUCGGGCGGAUCAACUUCAACGAGGAGCGCGAACUCACGGAACGCUUCGGCGUGACCACCCUGCCCACCUUCAAAUUCAUUUACGGGGAUGGGAUUGCGGUGGACUACAAGGGCGAGCUCAACGCCACCCAAAUCGCGAACUACGGCCUCACUCUUCUCCGCCCGCAGGUGCUGACACUGGCGACGCCGGACGACCUGUCGCGCUUCGCUCUACCCUACUCGGCCUUCAUUCUCUUUCACCAGCCACACGACUCGUCCGCCCUGGCGGCAUUCGUGGACGGCAUCCGACCAUUCGUCGAGGCCGAGGGAGUGCUCUUCGCCCGCUCGCACUCCCUCGAGUUCGCCCGGGACCUCCUCCGCGGUGAUGAUGACGACGAUGCGUUGCCGCCGCCGCUGCCGUUCGCGGUGGUGGUCAAGGAUUGGGACCGACGCCCGGGCGUGGCCGCGCGCGUGCGGCCCGUGGUGGCCGGCGACACGAAGGGUCUGGUGGCCUUCUUCGAGGAGCACUGGAUGCCGCUUCUCCCGCGGCUCGAGGCCGCCUCGUUCCGCCUGCAGGAGCUGCAGCACCAGCCGGGCGCCCUCGGCGUCGUCAUCGCCGUCGGCCCUGGCCUCCAGUUGCGUGCCACCCGCAUUCCUCUCAUUCCAUUCAUACUAUUCUUGGACGUGGUGCGGCAGGUGGCACACGAGUACGGGCUGGCCCAUAGCAACGGGGGAACGCCGCCCAGGCUGGCCUUCUCGUGGGUCGAAGGCCCGCAGUACCAGCAGUGGUUGAGCGACUUUGGGGUGGGCGAGCACCAGUUCGGCUCGCACGUGUUCGUCCUCGAUUCCUUGCGCAAAUCGUACUAUCCGGGCGUGGGCGUACAUUCGGCCGACGACCUCCGCGACUACCUUCAGCGCAUUCAAUCCGGAUACAUCACAAAAGCUGAUCCGCUCGCACAGGCGCAGAAGAUGGCGCAGCACAAACCCAAGAAGGGCCUGGCACACAAGGAGCUGGGCGUGCUGGCCGUGGUGGAGGACUGGGUGAACCGACUCGAGCUGCCCGAGUGGUGGAGGCCCAGCCGGUGGACCGCCGUGUCGGAGGCGUCGCCCAACGCGGCCAUGUACCUGAGCCUGGUCGCCGGGCUGGUCUUCUCGCUCGUCCUCCUGUGCAUCAACCGCGCCAUCAACGCGUCCCCGGCCACCAUCACCGCCGCCACCAGCCACGGCACAACCGCCACCGCCAACGCCCAGCCGGCGCCGGAGGCCUCCAGCGGCACGGACGGCCUCCGCAGAAGAAAGCAGGCUGUGGCGCAAUAA